AUGCCGGAUGGACGUUGCAAUUGCGCGGGCAUCAAAGUCUCCAUCGCGGAGCUGCCGAAGGAAUCGGUGAUCUGCUACUGCGGAAACUGCCGGCGAGCGGGCUCAACUCCAGGCUCGAUCGUGUACAUGUUUGACAAGUCAGAGGUAACAAUCAACGACCCCAAGAGCGCACUCAAGAGCUACACGGACAGCGACACAACUUCUGGGAAUACGAUCAUCCGUCAGUUUUGCAGUAACUGUGGAUGCCCAAUUGCAUCUCUGUUGUCUGAAGAUUCACCGAAGAUUAUCUUGAAGGGUGGAUUGUUCGAUCACAUUCCAAGACCUGGAGUCACGUCGUUUGAGCAGAAUCAACCAAAGUGGCUUGAGAUUGCAAAGGCCUGA